AGGAGCGCGCAUGCGCAGUCGACGCCGUUCGCUCGCUGGCGGCGCGUCGAUUUUUUCUUCAGUCUCCCCCGUCUUUCCGUUUUCACGCGAAGCAAUUUCCAAAUCCUUCCUGCGUGCGUCGCCCAACGAGAUCGGACGCUCCACAUGGGGCCCCAGCGCGAGCCCAGGGUCUAUGUGCGGCCGCAAGUACAAAUCGAGACUCUUAACUUCGGCUAAUCCCUCCUGGAUCAAGCAAAUCUCGAUGCGUACUUCGCGGCUGAUAUAAUCCGGGACUAGCGGCCUACCGCUUCAACGGGUUUGGCUCCGUCGUUUAUUGCAGCGAAAUUGGUUCAUUUCCGCCGUAUGUUCUUUUUCUUUAGUUUACGGUGCUUCCGUGCAAUUGAUUCACGCGACAAUCGGAGCUAAAUCACGAUGCUGGUGAAUUUCCGAAACGUUUUGGCCGUCAGCUGCGUCUUGUGGUGUGUCGUCGACGCGGUUGCAAAUGCGGAUGCGACCGAGCUCGGAAGUCGACUUGAAGAGGAUGCUAUCGAGCUCGACCUGCUCAAGAUGCUCAACAUCAGCGACUCGCAGAAAGGCGUCGGCCAAACGGCGGGUCCUAUUGCUGACUUGCCGGCCUGGAAACUAUUCUCCGGUCUCAACGUAGUCCAGAUUCCGCUGGAACCCGAAGAGAAGUUCAGGGACCACCUCGUCUCCAGCAAUGCCCUGUCGGCCAUUUUUGUCGCUAAGCCUAACCGCCGAACCGUGGCCACCUUGUUCAGCGUCCACCUUCCAGGGAAGAUGUCUCCGCUGCUGCAGGUCGCCAUCAACUUCAGGACUCGGCGGUUCGUCCUCUCGUACACCGUGCCUGACGAAGUGAGGAAGCCAGGAACUUCGGUGUCGGAAGUUCCGAAGCUGGACUUUGGAGACGGACCACGGUACGGUCUUGCAGACGGUGCCGAGGAGUUGGAGCAGACAGUAGACGUGGAAGGCUUCCAGCUGAACUCGGCAAACGUGCGGCACGUCAAGUUCAAACUUGCCUCUGCCGGCGCAACUAAGAAGAAGUCGUUAGGUUGGGUUUGGGUUGGGGUGACGGUGACGCCGGAGCGAGUCACGCUCUACGAGAACUGCGAGGAACCGGUCAGUGCUGAGCUGGCAGUGUCCCCACUGCUGAGGUUUCCCAGCGAAGCCCUGGUGUACUUCCGCCAGGAGCCAGGACUCAAGAGGAAGUUUGUGGGCUCUGUGCAAGUGGCAAGGAUGUACAGCGGCCAUUUCGUCGGUCGACCCUGGGCAUGUGACCGUGAUCUUCGACCUAGUGUCCGCAUAUAAUCUUGCCAUGUUCAAUCUUUUUUUUUUCUAUUUUUUUUUUUUUUUUAGAAUUGAGCAUUUGUAUUUUUUAUUUCAAAAAGUGUUCUGUUUCCAUUGUGAAUGGUCACAACCUGUAACAGUUCCAUGGUCAGGCUCUGAGCAGAACUUGUGACUUGUAUGAUCUUUACCUGAGCAGUGCUAACUUGGAAGGCCACAUCCUGGAAGGUCAUUGUCUGGAUGGAUAGUUGUUAUCCUGAUAGUUGUUACCUGGGAGGACAGCAUCUCGAUCCUAAGCAUCUGGCUGAUCUGCAUUUGGUGGGUUAUCAUCAGCAGUGUCGCCGCCUGUACAGUGAUCCCAUGGAAAGUCCUCAUCCGGAUUACCACUGUCGUGUAGGUUCUCAGCUUGGCCACCAUCUGAAAGGUCAUCCCAGGGAAGCUCAUUGCUCCUAAAAUCAUUGUGUGCCCCACGAGGUUAGUGUCUGCCAGAUGUCUGUCUGGAAAGUCGCCCUCCGUAAGUUGAUCCUCUGAAGGGUCAUCGUCCAGAUUACUACUGUGGUAGGUUCUUGGCAUGGCCACCUUUUGAAAGGUCAGCGUGUGGAAGGUCAUCGUCCAGAUAAUCAUUGUUUGGUAGGUCAUCACCCAUAAGGUAAAUGUUUGCCAUUUGGCAGACCUUAUUGUCUGGAAGGUCACCAUCCAGGAGGGGAUCCUUUAUAGAGUCAUUGUCCCGAUUGCAACUCUCUAGUAGGUUCCUGGCAUGGCCACCUUCUGAAAAGUGAUCCCCUGGAAGGUCAUCGUCCAGAUAAUCAUUGUCGGGUAGGUCGUUGUUCGCAAAGGCAGUGUCUCCAAGAUGAUUCUCUGGAAAGUCACCUUCUGGUAUGUCUUGACCGGGAAAGCCACAUGAACCUGGUGCAUUUUCGCUCGGGCAGAGUGACUGUUCCUUACCCUCUCCCCACUCUCCCAACAUCCAUUUAUUGUGUUGGAGCACUCCGGUGGUGAAUGCCAAAAAAAUAAAAAAAGAUUGUACUCAAAGUAGAGUGCCAUAAUAUAUGAAGCAGCUGCGAGUCGUGGGCGACGAAACCCAAAGGGGGCGUCAUUUACUACCGCUUUACUGCAGUGCAUUUUUUUUUUUUUUUCAUUUUUGUUUUUACAGCUGCAGCGCCGUUUUUACGACCCCAUCGCCGUAUUGUAUACGUGCCGUGCGCGAGAACCGUUGGGUGGUGGCAGACGGAAUGACUCGUUGAUCGUUAUUAUGCAAUGGACGUGUAAAGACGCAGGAGAAAGAAACCGUUUUCACGAUUAAAGUGGAUGUACAUUAGUGAA